ACAACAACAACAACAAAAAACAUCCUCUCCACUGACCCCCUUCCCCAUCUCCAUAAGCCACCUGCCCGCCCUUGUCCCACCGGCCCGGAUCAGGAGAGUGACGCCGUUUCCGCCACCGACCACUUUCGCGAGUGGCGUGCCGGAAGCCAGCCCACGGCCGCCAAGAUUGACAAAGGAAACUUUAACUUUUUGAACCCGCUCGCUUACCCGACGGCGGCCAGCGCGGCAGCGGCAGCGGCGGCAGCGGCGGCAGCAGCAGCGGCGGCGGCAGGGAACGGCCCCAGCGGCACUACCGGUACAGCAGCGGCACCGGCGACGACCGGAGGAGGAGGAGGAGGAGGAGGAGGAGCAGUCGGUGGUGGUGUUGGUGGUGCCGGCCCCGCCGGUAGUAGCGUUGGUGGACCGGCCAGCACCGGUACGGCGGCAGCGGCAGCGGCGGCAGCGGCGGCGGCAGCGGCAGCAGCGGCGGCGGCCGCAGUAAGCGGCAGCAACAGCCACCACCACCACCAUCAUCCGCACGGGGCGCACCAUCCCCAUCCGCACCACGUGCCGCAUCCGCACCAUCACCACCACCAUCACCAUCAUCACCAUCCGGCGGCCCACCCGCACCACCACCAUCCGCACUUUGGGCCGCUCGGGGGCGGGGUGGACACGGCCGGCGCGGGCAUCGGUGGCCCGGGAGGGAUCGGCAUCGGCGGGAACGCGCUCGGCGCCGGCGGCACAGGCUCGGCAGGCGGACUAGGAGGAGCCGCCGGAGGAAUAGGAGGAGGAGGGGGAGGAGUAGGGGGAGGAGCAGGAGCAGGAGGAGGAGCGGUGGGUGGAAUAGGCGGUGUGGGUGGACUGGGCGGCGGCGGUGGAGGAGUGGCCGGUGGCGGCAUUCCCGGCCUCAGGAUGGACUGUGACUAUUCGAAGCUGUUCUACGCUAAACGUGAGUACGAUGAACGGCUUAAGGCGGAUCUGCUGCACUGUCUCGACAGUGGACUGGGAGCCAGCACCAUUACGGCAAGGUGGACACAGAUGGGUCCCGGACCAACGGCCGGUUCGUUGGUCCCGGACGACACCAACGGUUCCGGCGUGGACGGCGGCAAGCACUUGGACGUCGGCGACAUGAGCGAUGACGAACAGGAUCUGUCGUCGGCGGAUGCCGAGGGCGUUUGGAGUCCGGACAUCGAACAGAGCUUCCAGGAGGCGCUAGCCAUCUAUCCACCGUGCGGUCGCCGAAAAAUCAUCCUCUCCGAGGAGGGCAAAAUGUAUGGUCGCAAUGAACUGAUCGCUCGCUAUAUCAAACUACGCACCGGCAAGACGAGAACCCGGAAGCAGGUCAGCUCGCACAUACAAGUAUUAGCCAGACGGAAGCUGCGCGAGUUCCAGGCCAAGAUGAAAGUGCAAUUCUGGCAGCCGGGCCUGCAGCCGAGCACCUCCCAGGACGUGAAACCGUUCGCCCAGCCCGGCUACCCGAUGAAGACGGCGACCGCCGUCUCGGAAGGCGCCCUGCAGCCCGCCCACCCGUGGGAGGGACGCGCGAUCGCGACGCACAAGUUCCGGCUGGUCGAGUACAGCGCCUAUCUGGAGCUGCGUGCCGAAGAAACGUAUCACAAGCACCUGUUCGUGCACAUAGCGGACACGCCCGCCAACCCGCUGCUGGAGUCGGUGGAGGUGAAGGAGAUCUACGACAAGUUCCCGCAAAAGUCCGGCGGCCUCAAGGAGCUGUACGAGAAGGGUCCGAGCAAUGCGUUCUUCCUGGUGAAGUUCUGGGCGGACCUGAACACGAACAUCGCGAACGAUGCGGGCGCGUUCUACGGCGUCAGCAGUCACUACGAGAGCAACGACAACAUGGUGAUCACCUGCUCGACCAAGGUGUGCUCGUUCGGCAAGCAGGUGGUGGAGAAGGUGGAAACGGAAUACUCCCGCAUCGAGAACGGUCGCUACGUGUACCGGAUCAGCCGGUCGCCGAUGUGCGACUACAUGAUCAACUUCAUCAACAAGCUGAAGCACCUUCCCGAGAAGUACAUGAUGAACAGCGUGCUGGAGAACUUCACCAUCCUGCAGGUUAUAUCCAACAAAGACACGGACGAGACGCUCCUGUGCGUGGCGUUCGUGUUCGAGGUGUCGACCUCCGAGCACGGUGCACAGCACCAUAUCUACCGCCUGGUGAAGGAAUAGCA